UAACUGCGUAUUUUACGCAUUUACGUAAGAGCAGCGUGUCUCGUACUACCUAUUAUAUACACAGAAAGAGAGAGGGAAAGGGAAAGAGAGGGAAAAUGAACGCGCCGCCGGCCUUCGAGUCGUUUUUAUUGUUUGAGGGAGAGAAAAAAAUUACAAUAACGAAGGACACCAAGGUGCCAAAUGCUUGUUUAUUUACGCUGAAUAAAGAAGACCACACGCUGGGAAACAUCAUCAGAUCACAACUGCUGAAGGACCCUCAGGUGUUGUUUGCUGGGUACAAGGUUCCCCAUCCGCUGGAGCACAAGAUCGUGAUUCGGGUCCAGACGACGCCGGACUACAGUCCUCAAGAAGCCUUUACAAAUGCCAUCACUGAUCUGAUCAGCGAGCUCUCUCUGCUGGAGGAGAGGUUCAGGGUUGCCAUCAAAGACAAGCAGGAAGGAAUUGAAUGAAGGAUACAGAUCAAACUAUGGAUGUUCCUCCUGAUGACUACUCCAGCCUCUUCUCUGAGCUCUUCUGUGAGCUUACGCUGUUCAGUUUGUCUUUUUCAGCUCUGGGCUUCUCCUGCUGAAGUUAAACAUUCUCCCCACUCCGGUCCAAAAACACAGAGACUGUUAAAACUGUCUGUGGAGUCAUCUUCAGUUUGAAUAUUACUGUAGUGACAGAUUUUUGAUUUAAACCCUUUGUAUUGUGAUGCUGUAGUGAUGUUUUUCGUUGCCGUAAAUGUCUGGUAUGCAGUGAAAAAUCCAUUAUGUGUAAAAAAAAAAAAAACCUUUUUGUCAUGAAUAAAUUUAAUUUUGAUAUCUGAA